CUACAGUUUUCUCCUCUGUUGUUCCACGUGUCUUACAUGUCGAUUACUCUUUAUUUCCCCUGUACAGUUGUUAUGCUCAUGCAUCACCAGCUUUGCUAUCUUUAACCUUUAAUUGUCUCAUCUGAAUUGGCAGAGUCUGGAGCAAUUCAACAUAUAUGGUACAAAGAGAAGAACUACAGCAUCAUAACUAUCCAGACAAACACAGCACAAUUUUAUGUGAUUAGUCUUGACAGAAGGCUAUGGCAGAAGAUCCUAAAGUAGAUGGGGAGCCGAGCAAGGUCACGACGACAGCAGCAGAUGGCGGUCUCAAGGGGAAAUGGAGACGCAGAUGGGGAUACGGAGGAUGGAGUAGCUAUGGCAAGAGCAAAGAAUCAUAUGCUGGACAUAUGUGGCGCUCCUUUGCACAAUCUAUUCUCGUUUUGCUGGUCUUGUUCGCGAUCAUCGCUCUGAUACUCUGGCUAGUCUACCGUCCCCACAAGCCCAAAUUCGCGAUAGUGAGCGCUGCAGUCUUCAAUCUCAGCACAAGUACUCCCCCUUUCAUUGCCACCACUAUGCAAUUCACAAUCGUGACACGAAACCCCAACGACCAUGCCUCAAUCUACUACGACCGUCUCUCAGCUUUCGUGUCCUACAGAAACCAGAGGAUCACUCCGCACCUGAGCCUGCCACCGCUGCACCAGCGCGAGGACAGUACAGUGUCAUUUGCCCCGAUUCUCGGGGGAUCUGCAGUGCCCGUGUCCUUGGAUCUGGCCAAUGGGAUUCUUAUGGAUGUGGAGGGAUAUGGACUGGUGCAGCUUCGUGUCGUGUUGCAGGGGCGGGUCAAGUACAAGGCAGCGGGUAUCAAGACUUCGCACUAUGAUCUCUAUGUCACUUGUGAUAUGCUGCUUGGUUUAAAGAGAGGGAUGGUUGGUCAAGUUCCUUUGCUUAAUACUAAUCAUGAUCCAAAUCAAGAUCAGCAUACUUGCAAAGUUGAUCUUUGAUCAAUCUGCACCUAUCUAUGAAAUCUGUUGGCUCCAGAUACUGCUCUUAAUUACUAGUCUCCCUUCACAAUUAUAAUAAAAUUGGGCUAGUUCAAUAUUUUUCUUUGUUUUGGCUUUAUAUAUGUAACUCCGUUUUG